CAGGGCGUCGCACCCUCGUCGCCGCGGCCAAGUCAGUCGCCACUCGGACUUCGGCCUACGACAACGCACACCGACCAUGUGAUAGUGCACGACCAUGUACAAGUUAAUCUGUGUCGUACUUAUCGCGGCCGCGCUGCUCCAGGGUGCGCGAGGUAAGCGAACGAGGAAGAGCAAGUAUGCGGCCGAGGAGGCGCAGGAGUCGACGCCGCAGCCCAGCGUGCUGACCUACUCGACCUUCGGCUUCAACGACGUGGGCUCGUACAACGGCUUCCUGCCCACCUCCCCGGACUACGCCAGCUACCUCGACCGCACGCGCGACCACAACACGCGGCUCUAUGCCCCGGCGUUCCCCUCCGCCGCCGACUCCGGCUUCGGGAGCAACGAGCCGAUCACAGCGGAGGGACCGAACGUCCCGAACUUCCAGUCUUCGAUGAGUUUCUUCACGUCCCCGAGUGCAGACUUCAAAGGGAAGAAUGCUAACGAGGGUGGUGUGUACGGGCAGACGGACGACGACCUGGCCUACGGCGCCAAGCUGAGUAAAUCUAAAAAUAAGCCGUUAACCGACGUCAACAACACGGGUAUCAAUAUUUACGGCAGCGUCGCUUCCUCCAUCGCCGAGUCUGAGGCGUCGAACGAAAGGAACCCUUUUAGACCGCACGCGCAGGCUUCGUCCGAUCCCAAACUCUCGCCGGGUGAGACGAGCGACGUGCCCCCGAACGUGUUCAGACAGCCUUAUCACUCGUACGAGGUUCACGAGUACGAGAAGCCAACCUCGACCUCGAACCCGCCCUACAAAUUUCCGAAGGUGGUAGAUUUCACCAAGUAUAAACAGAACUACCCGACCAGCGUCGACAACAAGUACGUGGAUAUGUCGCAUAAACCGAUCAAUUUGGACGCGAUGGUAAAUGGAGAUGAAAAUUCCAACAUCAACACCUACAGUCAACCGGCAACGAGUCAGAUGUACCAAUCGAGGUACGAGUACAAGGAUCCCCAAGCUGAGAAUGAGGGUCCAAAGUUCAGUACAUUCCAGUAUCAAAAUCCGACUGAUAACUCCAUUCACGUAGGGCAGACGAAGCAGACUAAAACUAAUACAGAGUACAAAGAUAAGGUGAAGAGCAGGCCGCUGCAUUUGCAGUUCAGCAACGACGAUAGAAAGAAGUUCAAGAACAUGAAAGGAUACGAGUAUUCGACCAACCACAGCACGACUAGUUUUAAAUUCGACUACGGCUCGUCUAGACCAAAUUUCAACAGCAGCGUCGACGAGAUAUCUCCAGCGAGCAGCAACCUCGGCUUUACGAGUUAUCAAUUGCCGGAGAAUCCCUACAACGACUUAGCUAAGGCACCGAGUAUCAAGAAUUACUAUGACCCCGAGAGUAGCAAGGGACUUUCGUUCUACCGAGAGAAACCAGUCGUGGAGGAAACUUAUGAGUACAAAAAUCCCUUCCCCGUCCAGCGGCCGAAGCUCGUAGAAGAAGCGACGUACGACUUCAAAAGUCCGUUCACGGACGGUACGGUACCCACGUCGUCAUCCCACUGGGGCAACAUAUUCAAGGAAACCGGCUUCUCCAUCCCCAAAACUCACCCUUGGAAGCAGCAGAACACCCACGAAGACAUAGACAUAGUUCACAUACCGAAGAAGCACGAAAACCACAAGUACGUUAAGCAAUACGAAAAUAACCCGAGCGAGUGGUCCUACAACAGCUACAGGCCGUUGAAAUCAAAUUACAGGCCGCAGGUCGAUUGGAGCGAUAACUACAGCACUAGGUACAGGAACGAGGAGGAGCUAUUAGGUCUCAGAAACCACGAUUCGUUGCAAUCGAACAAUUUGCCAAAUUAUAAGCCUAGCUACAACGAUUUUGAAGACGAGGUCGACUAUAGAAAGCUCGUCGAAAAAUGGCGUCAGAAUUACAUAAGGACGAAACAUAAGGAAGCCCUCCGUGAGUACGAGCCGUACGCAUCCGACUCCAAAUCUGUGCAUGUCCCUACGACGAAGCCAUAUCCGAUAGAAGUCCCCCACCCGGUGAUCGUGCCGGUUCCGCAGCCGUACCCGGUUAAGGUCCCGGUUCCGAAGCCGGUCGCCGUGCCGGUGAUCCGGGAAGUCACGGUGCCGAUCGAAAAGCCGGUGCCGUAUCCGGUUGUGAAAAAGGUCCCUUACCCUAUUGAGAAGCCGGUCGCUGUACCUGUUGUCAAACAGGUCCACGUGCCAGUGAUGAAGCCGUACCCGGUGACGAUCCCGCAGAUCAAGCCGGUGUUCCACCACUCCAAGUCGCAAGAUGAUGAUGACGAUGAGGACUACCCCCCGAGAGACAAGAAGCCUUAUUAUAAGAAGUCCAAGAACCACCGCAGCCGGCCUCGACCGACGCCGCCCCCAAGAAGACCUUCACGGAUGACCUACGAGCGUAGCAAGAGACGGCCCUACUCCCGACCCUCGAGCUCCAGUGACCACAGACGGCCCAGCCGGGACCAAGGUCACAGGGAUCACAGGGACCAAAGGGACCACUACAGGGACCGGCCGCACAGGUACCACGAGGACUUCGAAGAAUAUGACGACAGUGAUUACGCGUUGUACUGCAAAAGGACUGGCAAAUGUUAGUGAAAGACGGUACUCAUUGAAAGCGUAUAUGCGAUGCAGCAUGCUAUUCAAAGCGCUAAUUCUAGAUGAGAAAAACAUAACCAAACUUUAGAAGUGUGAACAAAUUUUGCGCAUGAAAAAUAAUUUUGUCUUAAAAAUGUAAAAAUCAAUAUAAUCGAUACGCUAUUUUGAAAAAAAAUGUGCCGUCGUGUAAACUGUAGAAGGUUUUAGUUAGGGCUGAUAACCCAAAAAGAGGGAAGGGAAGUAAACUUAUAUUAUGAUGCAUUUCGAGUUUAAAAUUUGAUAUUAUUUUUACAGAAAACAGUGAAAUAUGUUCGUUUUGGUCGCGC